GUGGGGAAGGGAAAGGGAGAGAGAAGAAAGAGCCCAGCUGCAGAAGAGGUGGAUUGCUUGGCCGGAGUGCUUAGGGUCCGUUGAGCGCCUGUGUUGACGGGUGUUUCCCUUUCUCCGCUCCCUUUUGAUCCCGGUCCCGGGAAGUGCUGCUUUCCAGCCUCCCUUUUGGCUGCGAAUACGUACAGGGCUCUCACUGGCUCCGCACACGCUCCUCGGGCGCCAUCUCUUUGCAAAUCCCGCUGUGCUCCCGCAGCUCUCCCGGCUGCCCCGGGCCGCGUGAGAAUCGCGGCCUCCAACCUGCGGGGCUGGGCAUGCCUACAGUUCCCGGGUGGCUCCGCGCUGCCCCGCUUAGACAUGGGGCUGCUGGGCAGCGUUCUUUACUUUCUUCGGGACACUCGUCACAGUGAGAACACAACUUCUCAGAAACAGAGGACGUGAAUCUGACUUUUGCAGUGGUAUACUUAGAGAGGAGGCUUUCUCCCCGCCUGGAUCUGUGUGCAUGUUUAAGCCCCAGAGGAUAUGAUGUUCACGAAACUCUUUCAGCAGUGGAGUUUCGCGAUGUUUCUGCUGAGUUAUUCUGUGCCCUCCUAUGGAAGAUCAGUAGAGGGAAUCAGCCGCAGAUUCAAACGGGCUGUAUCAGAGCACCAGCUACUGCAUGACAAGGGCAAAUCAAUCCAAGACUUACGAAGAAGAAUAUUCCUUCAAAAUUUAAUUGAAGGUGUCAACACUGCAGAAAUUCGUGCAACUUCAGAGGUCUCACCUAACCCUAAGCCUGCUACCAACACGAAGAACUACCCUGUCCGAUUUGGCAGUGAAGAUGAGGGCAGAUACCUAACUCAGGAGACAAACAAAUCACAGACCUACAAGGAGCAGCCCCUGAAGGUAUCAGGGAAGAAAAAGAAAGCAAAGCCUGGAAAACGUAAGGAACAAGAGAAGAAAAAGAGGCGAGCCCGCUCAGCUUUGCUAAAUUCUGGCAUGUAUGGAAGCAAUGCAACCGAGAGCUCAGUCUUGGACAACUCUGUUACUACACAUAAUCAUAUUUUAAGGAGGCGCUGAUAUUUUCAGCAAGACAACUUUGGAAGACAUAUUGCAGUAUUCUGUAAUAGUGAACAUAGAAUGUAUGGGAAGUAUUAAAAUAUUUAUUACCUGUAAAUAUUGUAAAUGCUCAGAAUAAAACCUUUUUACCCCGUUGCUCUCUGAAACUGCACAUGGUUAUUGUGAAUUUUCCUUUUUUUUUUUUUUUUUUUUUUGCUAAGGCUAAGGCAAUUGUUAUUGUCACAUUAACCCUAAUUUAUUUUGUUGACUGGUGUAUUUAUUUUGUGAACGUAUCUUGGUGCUGCUGACUUUCUCUACUUUUUGUAACAUAAUGCACUUUAGAUAUAUUGAGAACUGAUAUAAAAUGUUCCUGUUUUGUGGUUGACUUCAAUGAAUGCCUAUACAAAAUCGUUAAAAAUGAUUUUCCUUUGUGCAUGUAUAAUAGCAGUAUUUUAAAAUUUGUAAAGAGUGUUUAAUAAAAUAUAAUCUAAUUAAA